UUCCGUAGUUGCGUAUGCCAGUUACUGUCAGGACAGAUUCUAACACUGAUCAGUGAUCACAUUUCAAUAUAUUUUGAGCUUCUACCACCAAAAUGAGCAGAAGUUACAAUGACGAGUUGCAAUAUAUGGAUAAAAUUGGCAAGAACUGUUGGCGUAUCAAAAAGGGCUUUGUACCGAACAUGCAGGUGGAAGGCGUCUUCUACGUUAACGACCCCCUUGAAAAGUUGAUUUUUGAGGAAUUACGAAAUGCUUGUAAAGGAGGAGGUUUUGGUGGGUUUCUCCCGGCAUUGAAACAGAUUGGGAAUGUGGCAGCUCUACCAGGAAUAGUACAUAGAUCUAUUGGACUUCCAGAUGUCCACUCGGGGUAUGGCUUUGCCAUUGGAAAUAUGGCUGCCUUUGACAUGAGUGAUCCCACUGCUGUGGUCUCCCCAGGGGGUGUGGGUUUCGACAUAAACUGUGGCGUUCGUCUGCUGAGGACCAACCUGGAUGAGGCGGACGUCCAGCCGGUGAAGGAGCAGCUGGCCCAGGCGCUGUUUGACCACAUCCCAGUGGGAGUGGGCUCCAAGGGGGUCAUCCCCAUGAGCGCCAAGGACCUUGAGGAGGCCCUGGAGAUGGGGGUGGACUGGUCCCUGAGGGAGGGCUACGCCUGGGCAGAGGACAAGGAGCACUGUGAGGAGUAUGGCCGAAUGCUCCAGGCUGACCCCAACAAGGUCUCCUCCAAGGCCAAGAAGAGGGGCCUGCCACAGCUGGGAACACUAGGGGCAGGGAACCACUAUGCUGAGAUCCAGGUGGUGGAUGAGAUCUACAACGACUACGCGGCCAAGAAGAUGGGCAUCGAUCACAAGGGCCAGGUGUGCGUGAUGAUCCACAGUGGCAGCAGGGGGCUCGGGCACCAGGUGGCCACAGAUGCCCUUGUUGCCAUGGAGAAGGCGAUGAAGAGGGACAAGAUCAUAGUGAAUGACCGGCAGCUGGCCUGCGCUCGCAUCACAUCGGAUGAGGGCCAGGACUACCUGAAGGGCAUGGCCGCCGCAGGGAACUACGCCUGGGUCAACCGCUCCUCCAUGACCUUCCUCACCAGACAGGCCUUCUCCAAGGUCUUCACCACCACGCCAGACGACCUGGACAUGCACGUGAUCUACGACGUGUCCCACAACAUCGCCAAGGUGGAGGAGCACAUGGUGGACGGCAAGCAGAAGACCCUGCUGGUGCACCGCAAGGGCUCCACCCGGGCCUUCCCCCCGCACCACCCCCUCAUCGCCGUGGACUACCAGCUUACAGGCCAGCCGGUGUUAAUUGGUGGCACAAUGGGCACCUGCAGCUAUGUCUUGACGGGGACAGAGCAGGGCAUGACUGAGACCUUUGGCACCACCUGCCAUGGCGCGGGGCGCGCUCUGUCUCGUGCCAAGUCCCGCAGGAACUUGGACUUCCAGGAUGUGUUGGACAAGCUGGCAGACAAGGGCAUUGCCAUUCGAGUGGCCUCGCCCAAACUAGUCAUGGAGGAGGCUCCUGAAUCAUACAAGAAUGUGACGGAUGUUGUCAACACAUGCCACGAUGCUGGAAUAAGCAAGAAGGCUAUUAAACUACGACCAAUUGCCGUAAUCAAGGGGUAACGCGCUUUGGCUCAGCUAGAGACUAUGGGCACUUGGAACUAGAAGGUUCAUGAGCGACUCUAAAGGAAGUGAGCUGACCAUCGAGAAGUGUGGCCUGACAUUUGUCUGUAAAUGAAGGAACACGAAUGGUAUGACUUACAAGCAAGCCUUCCAAAGCUUUACGAAUAUGAUUUUGUACAGUUCUCAAGCUGUCAAAGGAUAAGAGGAGACUUCAUACUUUAAUUUCUUAACUAAACGAGAGAACUUAAUACAUUUUUUGUUCUUAUUGGUGCCAAUUGCUGUGGCCUAUUAUAAUGUGGGCUUUGACUGUCAGAUAAUAAAGGAUGGAAGAGAACAUAGA